UUUGUGCCUCUUCCCAAAGGCGUUAGCAUCUCUGGAGUGGGUGGAGAUGUGCCUCCAACGGAAAACCACACGACGCGACAUUGAAGCCUAUGGCUAACCAGUUAGCUUACCCCAACAAAGAUGGCGUCUGUUUCCAAACGGCUCUUUGGUAACAGUCAACAUGGCGACCGCGUAAAGCAAACGGACUGUGAGCAGUGUCAACAAAAUGAGGGUCCCCAGAUGUGGCAUGGGCCUCAGGCGAGCCUAUUUGGUGUGGCCAAUCCUGCUGCUGCUCCUGGUUGGUGCAGUUUUGACCGCUCUGCUGCCCCCUGCUGACGACCAAAGAGGUGUCGGUGUCCUGGGGGUGCUACGCAGGGCAGCAUCACAAAAGGAGAAUCUUGCACAGGUCCACCGUGACGACAACACAGAGGAGGAGCAGAGGUUCACUGUCAUCAUCCAGACUUACAACCGCACAGACAUUUUGCUCAAACUCUUAAACCAUUACCAGGGAGUGCCUCAUCUUCAGCAGAUUAUCAUAGUGUGGAACAACAUUGGGGAGCAGACACCCCUGAAGUUGUGGAACUCUUUGGGGCCUCAUCCGGUGCCUGUGGUCUUCAAGGAGCAGGCGAGCAAUCUAAUGCGCAACAGACUGCAGCCAUUCCCUGAGAUUGAUACUGAUGCUGUGCUGAUGCUGGAUGAUGACACCCUGGUCAGCGUGCCUGACAUCAGUUUUGCUUUCUCUGUCUGGAAGCAAUUUCCAGAUCAGAUUGUCGGGUUCGUCCCAAGGAAACACGUCUCAACACCAGGAGGAGUGUACAGUUACGGCAGCUUUGAACUGCAGGACCCAGAAACAGCAGGAGGUGACAAAUACUCCAUGGUUUUAAUUGGCGCUGCCUUCUUCCACCGCCGCUACCUGCAGCUCUUCCAGGACCAACCUCAAGCUGUGCACGCGCUGGUGGAUGAAACACAGAAUUGUGACGACAUUGCUACGAACUUUGCCGUAGCACUAUAUUUAAGGAAACACUCCACAGGCAGUAUUAACAAACCCUCUGGGGUCUUUGUCAAACCUGUGGACAUGCGCAACCUGGAAAAGGACGCCAGCAGUGGGUACCAGGGUAUGUGGCAUCGUCCUGAACACCUCCUUCAGAGAUCCUACUGUCUCAACAGGCUGACACAGAUUUAUGGUCUCAUGCCGCUCUGCUUCUCCAACCUGAUGGUCUCCCAGUUUGGCUUCCCCAGCUAUGCUAACCACAAGAGUAGAGGCUGAGGUGCUGCCACAGUGCUGACUGUUUUGGACUGAAAGAUGACAGACUCAAGUGACAGCCUGUUUCACCGUGGCAUCUGCACGACUAUCAUGGACUUUUCUGGACAAUCAGACUGCUCUACACAAGGCACAGUUUCAUGAAACGUCCAUAUUUGAUAAGGUAAUCUGUGUUUGUGACCAAAGCUGCCUUUCUGUCAGUAUGAACUCUCAGUGGAUUGUAGUGCCGUUGUUUUAUAGUCAGCAGGUGCCAGUCUUUGACGAGCUUUGACAUUUUGCCUUGUUUGUAACUGUGAUGUUGUGCCUCUUAAAUUUUGGUUAUACUACAUUUAUGGUUGUGUAUAGAACAUGUCAUUUCUCUGGUGGGCUUGUGUACAGUCCCUACAACCUUAAAAUAACUGUUGGAAGUUGGCCAAAAAAGGAGUCCCCACCAAAGUGCGAAUAAAGCAGAAUUAUUGCAGGUAUUAUUACAUUCUAACAUAAGCUUUAUGUGCAGUACUAUGCAUGCGCAGACAAUCUUUUUUUAUUUAACAAUGUGUGUACAGGUGUCAAGCUUGUAAGACUGUAUCAUGUGAUUCAGUUAAAUAAAGCCAACACCUUUUCUCUGAACAUAAUCUGUGGAUGAAUUCAUAAUUACAUUAUCUGUUAAAGACGUAUUUCACUGCUGGAAACAUGGCCUUUUCAUAAAACUGUGCUACUAUGCUGUAGGAAGACGAAGAUGCUAUUGAAAUCGGUGCUAUAUAACCAGAGAAAACAGAGAACAUGGGCUGUGGUGUUCGCUUUUGCUCAAGAGGUAGAAAACUACCACUACCAGAAUGCACUGCGCUGUACCAGACCAAUAAACACUCCAGCUGGUGGGUGACGUAAUUCGAGUUGCUGUCUUUCUAUCAGGAAUUUUUGAUCCAUUGAGGGGUUACAUUUGUAUAACUUUCCUGGAGCUAAGAAAAGCAAUUUUAAAAAUCCAUGAUGUCACAAUGAAGAGUCAAUGAGCCAAGCAGCAACUUGCAGGCAGAAACACAACUGCACAUAGUCAGUGGGCCGCAUGUUGGUAUGAGUAAUCGCCAUCAUGGGAUCUGGUAUCUAGGUGUUAUAAUACAUCUGGGUUGAUCAGGACUGUUUCCACACAGUAUGGCCCUUAGAGCAGGCGCACUAAAGCAGUGGUUCCCAACUGGUCCAGCCACAGGGUCCAGAUUGCUCCUUAGUCAUUAGUUCAAGGUCCACAUAGUUUAAUACAUUCAGUGUCAUACUUGCAUUUGGCCAUGUUGUUGAGCUAGUUUGCUGUCUCUGUUAAGUAGUCACUCACUCUACAGCAGGAAAUGGCACUUCAAAAUAAAACUUAUGUGCUGGAAAUUCACUGUACAUCAAAAUAAAG